CCGGUACCUUCACUUUCUCCCAUAUAAAAGGGUCUCGUAGUUCAAAUUGUAGCCCAAAUUCCACCGCCCAGCCGAGCCCUCUGUAUCUCACAGUCGCGUACAUGAAUUCAUGGCAUGUCUUUCUUCUAUUGCAAGAGGGCUCUCCAGAAACUCUCCAUUGCCAUUUCGUCAACUCCUUCAGCUCAUCAAUUUCCAAAUUCCCGAUUCGCCCUUUCAGGCAUUUCAUCAAACACUUCACCUGCCUUCUCAGUCCGCUCGUCAAUUCUCAGCACUUCCAUUCUGUUCUCAAAAAGUUGCCCACCCAUUUCACUUUGACACAGUAAGAUUCCAAAACCAUCGCCCAAACGAUGCGCGAAGUGCCCAAUUCGUCGAAUUGCUUAAACGGGCUGCCCGUUUGCCCUCGGAAGUGGAGGCUAUUGCUGCGUUGGGCGAGUUUGAUGUCCAGGCAGAUCCGAAUUUGGUGUACUCCGCAAUUUGGGUGUUGAGGGAUGAUUGGAAAUCGUCAUUUCUAGCCUUCAAAUGGGGUGAGAAGUGGGGAUCUAUUGACGAAGAAAUUUGUAAUUUGAUGAUAUGGGUGUUGGGCAAUCAUAAGAAAUUCAGUACUGCUUGGUGUUUGAUUAGAGAAUUUCAUGGAUCCUUGUUGAAUUCGAGGCAAGCGAUGCUUGUCAUGAUUGAUAGGUAUGCACACGCAAAUGAGGCAAGUAAGGCCAUUAAGACAUUCCACAUGAUGGAGAAGUUCAGAUUGACUCCGGAUCAAGAGGCUUUUCAUGCCCUCCUCAAUUCUCUCUGUAAAUAUGGGAACAUCGAAGAGGCUGAAGAGUUUAUGCUUGUAAACAAGAAGCUUUUUCCUUUGGAAACAGAAAGCUUCAACAUUAUUCUCAAUGGCUGGUGCAAUGUAUCUGUUGAUGUGUUUGAAGCGAAGAGAAUUUGGAGAGAAAUGUCUAAAUGUUGUAUUUUGCCGGAUUCAACUUCUUACACCCUCAUGAUUUCCUGUUUUUCGAGGACCGGGAACCUUUUCGACUCGCUUAGACUCUAUGAUGAGAUGAAGAAAAGGGAUUGGAUUCCAAGCCUUGAAGUCUAUAAUUCUUUAGCUUAUGUGUUGACCCGGGAGAAUUGUUUCAGUGAAGCUCUCAAAAUCCUUGAGAAAAUAAAAGAAGUAGGCUUACAGCCCGACUGCACGACAUACAACUCGCUUAUACGUCCUCUGUGUGAGGUCGGAAAGCUGGAUGAAGCAAAAGAUGUACUGACCAAGAUGACUGACGACAAUAUCAGCCCGACGAUCGAAACCUACCAUUCUUUUAUUCAAGGAGCAGAUUCUGAAACGAGCUUUGAACUUCUUAAGCAGAUGAGACAAAAUGGUUUAGGUCCUACAGAGGCUACCUUUGUUAUAAUGUUUAACAAGUCAUUUGAACUUGAACAACCGGAUUAUGCGUUGAAAGCGUGGGCAGAAAUGAAGCGGUACGAGAUAUCACCUAACUCCGAACAUUACGCAGUCUUGGUACAAGGCUUAGCAACAUAUGGUCUGUUAAAACAGGCCAGAGAAUUAUAUGACCAAAUGACAUCACAUGGAUAUAUCUUACAUCCAAAGAUUAAAAUGCUCGUGAAGGAACCCGAGUUACGUAGCAUCGAAGAAGCAACGCAGCAAGUGAGACAUAACAAGAAGGGCAAGUUUUUUCAUAGAAAAGGGAGCAUGAUGAGAUGGAAAUCACAUAAACAACAAUCUCGAGACGACGCAUCGUUUGAGUAGGAAUAAGAAUUCAUUGUGAAAGCUACUGAAAAAGCAUUCAUUCCUUCCCAUUGGCGCAAAGCUCGAAGAGAACACACGCAUGGGCUAGUAACAAGAACAAUACGACACCGUUUUCUUUUUUCUCAUUUGAAGGCAUAGGCAGGCUGUUUGGUGGUUGGAUGACGAGAAAGGUUAAUUCCCGGUAGCCCUUUAUGUAGCUUCCUUUGUUGGAAUUGGCCAUUACAAAAGGUCCUAAACUCACUUGAAGGACUACCUUUUCAAGCAUGGAUAAUGUUUCAAGGAAAGAGAAUUUAGAGAAUAUUUUGAGUUCCUAUAAAUUAAAGUUAAAAAGCUUUUGUUUUUCCUUGGAUUGUAUGGAUGGAAAAACCUUCUAUUUCCGUCAAAUGACCCGGCCUCCCCGGACUCUUCCACCGUCCAGGCUACCUUUCCUGUCUAUGCUAUGUUCCUCGGCGCAAGCUAACCACGCUUCGCGCCUGCGAUGUUUUCGUAUUUUGUUUCCUAGUUUUCA